AUGCCGGCCUCGGAAAAGGGGAGUGGGCGUUCCUCCAACGGAGGACGAAGGCCUGACGCUCAACCACAGAGCUCAUCGAGCACAAUUCAGACACUACUGGUAACAUCAUGGCUAUCAACAGUAUGGCAAUAUCUCAACCGGAACGUCUGCCCCACCGGCCUCGCCGAGCUUGAACUGGUUCUCCUCACGUUCUGCAUCGGUGUCCAAGACGCCGUCUCCUUCCCCGACUUCCACUGCUUCGCCUCCAACCAGACAGGCAACACCGUCUUUUUGAUGCUCGCCGUGGUACUUCCCGAGAUGAACGGCGACAUGUUCGUGACGGCCAACAUUGGCAUCGCGCUAGGCUUCUUUCUCGCCGCCGCCUGGCUGACGGGCCAGCUGGGGCAUAUCGUCGGCCCUCGCCGGCGCCUGUGGCUGCUCUUUUGCAAUCUAGUCCAGACCUGUCUCGUCUUUGCCGCCGCCGCCGUCCAGUACGCUGCCCCCGGGGGCACGGGCGGAAUAGUGGAGCAUGUGGGAGGCGAGGGAGGGGGAAAACUCACGUCCAACACGGCCACGCUCAUCGCCAUCGGCCUGCUCGCCAGCGCGGCCGGCAGCCAGGUCGUCCAGUCCCGCUCGCUGCGCCUGACCGAGAUCAGCACGGCCAUGGCCACGGCGGCCUGGGUCGAUCUGGUGAUUGACCGGGAUUUGUUUGUGCUGCGCAACAACCGGCCGAGAAACCGCAGGGCCAUGUUCCUGGCGGCCUUGGUUGUGGGGAGCUUGGCCGGUGCGUUUAUUUACAAGAGGCUGGGGUCGCCGGCUGCGUUGGUCGUUUCUGGUGCGGGAAAGGCGCUGGUGACGGCGCUGUUCUUGUUCAACCGGGCGGAUUCGGGUGAGAGGGAGAAGGUGGAUACUGCGGAGGAUGACUCGGUUUGA